UGUUCUUUGUCCCACAUUUCACACUUAUAAAACCCCAUCACAAGCUCGAUCACAUCGCUUUGAAUCUGUUCAUUCCCAUUACAAAUUUCCACAUAUCUCCCACCAUGGCGAAAAUUAGGGCUUUUUUCUUCCUCACUCUUCUUCUCCUCUCCUCAUCCUUCUUCAUCCAAGUUGCUAGGUCUCAGUCUGACUCAGUAGACUCAGAUGCUGAUGCCGAACUUGUGGCUGAAACCGUCAAGGAAGGCGAAUACGUUGGUGAUGAUACCCACGACUUCAGUGUCGGAAAUUAUAAUCCUGCUCCUGGUGUGGAAACAGUGUCUGUUUUCCCUAAAAACCCUGUAAAAUUGGUGGUAGCUGGUCAAGAAACUGAACUUUUGGUUGGACUGAAAAAUGAGGGGGAACAGAGUGUGAAUGUUGUUGCUGUUCAUGCUACUGUUCAUCUUCCUUUUGAUCAUCGAAUGUUGGUCCAAAAUCUCUCUGUUAUGUCGUUCAACAAUGCAUCAGUUCCUGCUUCAGUUCAAGCUACAUUUCCUUAUAUAUUUGCUGUCAGCAAAUUCUUACAGCCCGGAACAUUCGAUCUUGUUGGGACAAUUGUGUACGAGAUUGACCAACAACCAUACCAGAAUACAUUUUAUAACAGAACCAUUGAAGUUACGGAAGCUGGUGGGCUUGUUAGUGUCGAGACGGUGUUCUUGGUUUCACUUGGACUUGCUCUUCUUGUUCUUCUUGGCUUGUGGGUUCGCACUCAGCUUCAAUCUCUUUCCAAGAAAACUAAGAAGAUAACAAAAGUGGAAGUUGGAACUCGCACUGUCGAUGCAUCAAUGGAUGAGUGGCUGCAGGGAACCGCUUAUACUCAAUCACAGUCCAACAAACUGAAAAAGAAGAAGUAGAGGAAUAGAUUUUGGCUAGCAAAUAGCAAAUGCAGUUUGUUGUAGAAUGAGCAACAAUUCCUGUUUUCUGAGUUUUGGCUAACAUUUACGGACGUUUGUUUUAUUUUUGGAAUGUUUUAUAUAUAACUACAAUUUUGCUUUGGCAAAUUUUCAGCAAAGAUCCUUAAGUUAUGUGCGUUUAA